AAACUGUGUUUGAAUUAAGACAUAUUAAAUCCAUGGCAUACACUUCCUGCUGAGUUCAACAUGGAUUCUGAAAGGGUGUGGACGUGCACCGUGACAUAAGUACAGCAUACACAACAAACAAAAUAUGUAAAACGAAAAGAAAAAACUAUUUUUUAAACAGCUUAAAAAUCACGCUUGAAAGACUUUAAGGAAGGCGUUUAUCAAAGCUUGCAAGAGUUUAUCAAAUAACUUUUUCAAAUAUAUUAAUGGGUCGAAUUAUUCCGUCUAUAGUGUAUUUCACACAGGAAGAUAUUGUUAAUAUCUGACAGAGACCAGUGCAUGUUUUUCACCGAAGUUCCAAUUAUUUUCAAGUUUAUAAACACAUAUUUCAUAUAUUAAAGGCAUAUAUUGCAUUUGAUUUUGGAAAUUGACGUGUUGAAAUUACAUGUUAAUGUUGCUGAAUGAAAAUAAACUUUAUUGGAGAAAGCAAUUGAGAAACAGCUUCAUGAAUGUGCUCAUCGCCAUUUGUGUGUAUUUUGUGUGUUUAAGAAAUGCUAUAUUUUGUGUGGUUGCAGAGCUCUGACCAGAUUACUGUCUUGUAUUGAAUUAUUGGUUUUACCAUAUAUUUUAUUAUUUGCAUUGCAUAUAAAGUAACAUGUUUAAAAAGAAAGCAUGUUCUACGUGUAUUGGUGUGAAUCACAAUAUGUUUUUGAUAUUAUCAUUAUCAUUCACUUUCAGUAGUAUCCCUAUUCAAGAUGCUAAAGGCAUUCGAAAAAUAUAUACAAAACAGAAUUAGCCUAUACUUUUUGCUGGAUUCAUACUGUUGACACGUUAUUAAAAAUACGUUUUAUUUAAUGUCUAUUCAAGCGAUGCGGGGGAUGGCUUGUGCAAUAUGUUUCAUGUAUGUUGUAUCACUCUGUUGUGUGCAAAGAAAUAAACCUCCUUCCACAUGUGUGUGAACGUGUGUGUCUUGGUAAACAGAUUUGCCUGUAACUUUGUGAGCACAACUUUCUGGAGUGAACAGUGAUGAAGAGAGUGAGGGGGCGGAACCCCGCUGAGCCUCUGCGCUGAAAGACAGCCAAUCGCUUCGUUCUCUUAACUGCCAGUCACCGAAAUCUGUCCAAUACCCGCAGUGCCAUUUCUAAACUCUAUUCCCCACUGUGUCCUCCAACUGUUGUAUGUUCUGCCAAUCGCUUGAGGACAGAGUGGGAAAAGGAGCAAGCAGAGUUAGAGGCAGGACAAAAGAAGUUCUAUAGACGGCCAUAUACAUAUAUUUUAAUGGUUUCGGUAGGCCUGUAGUUUAGGAAAACAAUAGCAGUGAGGGUGGACAUGACAGCGUAGUGAUGGAGCCCCCUUUAAGCAAGAGGAAUUCGGCGAUAAGAUUAGCGGAUUUGGCAUCGACUCAAGCCCUUCCUCAUCAGAAUAUGACAGGCUUCCCGGGGAUAGGGGGGCAUCACCCGCACUCCCACCAUGCCCACCUCCACCCUGGGGAGAUGGGCAACGACCCCGGAGUGGCUCUCACUCCAUUUGGACCCGAGCACAUGGCACAGACCAAUGCUCUCAAACUUAGUCCAUCUCAGCCUGUUCAAAGCCAUCCCGAAGCCCAGACCGCGGCAUCCUUCACGUCUUCUCAGACCACUGUCGGUUUCCCCGUGGCUCACCCCCACACAGGCUACACCACCAGCAGGGACUUCAUCCUCAGGAGAGAGCUCUCAGCCUCUGCUAUGCAUGCACUUGGCGACCAGCAUAGUUCCGCCUCCUCCCCUCAUCACCAUGGCAUGUUCAUUUCCCCAACAGGUGCUUAUGGGCACGCGGAAGGUGGUGCCCAUCCACUUUUCUCUGGACUGCACGAGCAAGCGGCCCCAGGUGCCCAUCACCACCAUGCCCUUAACGGGCAGAUGCGUCUGGGUCUACCGGGGGACAUCUACGGCAGGCCAGAGCACUUCGGCCACAGGCCCGAGCACUAUGGAUCUUCCUCUCUUCACAGCUACAACUCCAUGAACUUAAAUGUGAACCUCGCCACGGCUCCUCACGGAGCCACUGGAGCGUUUUUGCGAUACAUGAGGCAGCCCAUCAAGCAAGAGUUAAUCUGCAAAUGGAUUGAUCAAGAGCAGACCUCUAAGAAGCCCUGCUCCAAAACUUACAGCACCAUGCACGAGCUAGUGAACCAUGUUACGGUAGAGCACGUCGGGGGACCCGAGCAGAGCAGUCACGUUUGUUUUUGGGAAGAGUGUCCGCGCGAGGGAAAGGCGUUUAAAGCCAAGUACAAACUUAUCAAUCACAUCCGCGUGCACACGGGAGAGAAACCGUUCCCGUGCCCAUUUCCCGGUUGUGGCAAAGUAUUCGCGCGCUCGGAAAAUCUCAAGAUCCACAAGAGGACUCACACAGGCGAGAAGCCCUUCAAAUGCGAGUUUGAUGGCUGUGACAGGAAAUUUGCCAACAGCAGUGACAGGAAGAAGCACUCUCACGUCCAUACGAGUGAUAAGCCUUACUUUUGUAAAGUAAGAGGUUGUGACAAGUCAUACACUCAUCCGAGCUCACUGCGCAAACACAUGAAGGUUCACUGCAAGUCUCCUCCGCCCCCUUCCGCCAACACGGGCUCUUCUUACCAUCCCUCUACGACGAUCGGUGUUGCCCUUUCCCCCAACCUGGAGCCCCACAGAAACCGUUCGUCGAACCUUUCGCCUCAGGUGACCAACCUAAACGAGUGGUACGUGUGCCAAGGAAGUGCCGGACCAAAUAAUCUACACACCCCUUCCAGCGAUGUGCCAACGUCGGAAUCCGACGACGAGGACUCUUUCAGACACACAGAUGCAAGAGCAAUGCUCUGAUUGAACAGCAAGGAAUAUAUUCAUGAUGAAUGGUCCAUAUCUAAACACACACAAACACAAAUUUUAAGUGUUUCAAUUUAAAGGACGUGAAACAGCCUGUGGAUGACAGUGGGUUGAAGAAAUAUUGCCCCCAGUUUGCCAUUAAAACAUGUUUAGAGCACUGAUGCAAUUUAUGUCACUACGUUGUUAAUCACAUUUAUAAGCUGUCACAUGCAACAUAAAAGUGAAAUGUGGGAUUUAAAUAUGACACGUGAAAUAAUCAAAUUUUGUUGUUACGAUUUAAUGUGAUGUGUUAUCAAAUAACUUCGAAAAAGCUCAAAAGAUUCAGCAGUUAUGUUUGGUUGGUUUUUUUUCAGCAUUACUUCUCUUUCGAUGCACAUACAUUUUUAUAGAAGAAUUUUACACGUCUGAUCGGCAUUUUUAAAAAAAUAAUGCAGUGACAAUACUGUUUUUUUAUUUUUUACUUAUAUUGUCAGUGUCAAAGACAAAAAAGAAUUUAAAAUGGGCUACGUCUUUGUUAAAGUUUAUACAAUAACUGUGGUCAGGGCUGUUUUGUGAUAUUUAAAAUAUUUUAACUUAUAUUUUAUGCAAAAUCAGUGUAACUUUGAUUAAAGAGUACGAAUAUGUCCACUGAGACCCUAAAUAAUUGUAUCAUUGACAGGCCUAUCCCUGACUGAUUUGUAAAUACUAUAUGGUAUUGAUGCUUGUGAAUGUUGUUGUAGCGUCUCAACAAGUUUUGUACAUUGUAAUUUAUUUGCUGGUAUUAUUGUUGGUAUGGACGUACAGAUACACCAAAGAAUAAUAUAAUUUUGGUGAAAUGAAGUGUUGCUUUUUAUCGUGUUCUGUAAAAAAGGUCUUACUUGAAUAGGCUGUAUAAUGUGAAGAUUCAUUCGCAUGACCUGUGUAGUAACUUCUUUAUUUUUAUUUUUUGAGUUGCAUGAUGGUGUUGAUGGAAUAACGUGAGAAGGUCGUGAAGAAAUGUGAUGUUUGUGUAUAGUUAUAUGGAAAACUUGAAUAAAAGCAGAUGUGUAAA